UCGUGCCGCCCUGGUUGUGUGCGUGAGCUUUGUGGCGCGCAUUUUGUUUUGAAUAGCAAAAAGAGUGAGCAGAUAUGUUUAAAUGUUGCAUUAAAAAGCAGUGCAAUUGUGUUUUAAACGUUCAAUCACUGCAUUUUGUGGACAGGUCUUCUAACCGGCCACGUCCAACAAGUAAUGACCGCAUGCCUGUUUGCACGUGUGUGUCUGUGUGUGUGUGUGAGAAAAAGACUCGUGAAAAUUGAAAUGAAAUUGCAUUUCACCACAAUUCUGCUGAUCUGCUUCGAGCACGUGUCCAAGGUGAUUGCGCAGGGCAUGCCCAUCAGUCCCUGCCCAAAGAUCUUUCAGUAUCGAUUCGACGGAAAUGAAUGGUUCGGUCUGAUCGCGGUGCGAAACCCAGACGUGAGGCAGCCACUCCAGCUGCGGGUCACGCUCUCCAUGCGGGGCAAGCCAACAACGAACUAUCUUGGCGAAAUAGAGCUCCUGACCCGUGGGCAGUUUACAAAGAAUGCCCCAGUCCUCUACAAGAUACGCUUUCCCAAGCAUCACUUCCCGCCCAAACUGCUGCUCAUCUCGGCCAACAAUCAUGUUAUUUGCUUUGGAUCUGGCGAUCAUAGUAUAUUCAUGACCCAAAUCCAGCUGGAGCACACCAGGAAACUAACCUUUAUACCGGACAAGAAGACUUCGCUUCUACUGGACGAAGAGGAGGGCGUUGCCGAGGAGACCGUGCCACCGCCGCCGCAGCCACAGCUGCAGCCGCACAGCCAGUUCAAGAAAAAACCCUUUCAUUCGCCCAAGGAGAUUUGUGGGAGGAUCGACAGGAGUCUCGACUUUCGGCUGCCCCUCAGCUCGAGGAGUUCGGAUGUCAUCACAUCGCCAGUGUUUGCCGACAACGAGGACGAAGACGAUGAAGAAUUCGAGCACCUGGCAGACGAAGAGCUGCAAGAGCAGGAUACUGUGGACGGGAGUGCAGUGGGCAGCAGCCUGCCAUCGAUUACCCGAGGAUCGUGGCCCUGGAUGGCGGCCAUCUAUGUGAAUAAUCUCACAUCGUUGGAUUUCCAGUGUGGCGGCACCCUCGUCUCGAGACGUGUGGUCAUCAGCUCGGGCCACUGCUUCAAGAUGUUCAACAAGCGUUACACAGCCAACGAGGUGUUGGUCUUUUUGGGGCGCCACAAUCUAAAGAACUGGAACGAAGAGGGCUCUCUGGCCGCCCCCGUUGAUGGCAUUUACAUACAUCCGGACUUUAACAGCCAGUUGAGCAGCUACGAUGCGGAUAUAGCUGUCGUCAUACUCAAGGACGAAGUGAGGUUCAAUACGUUCAUACGACCCGCCUGCCUGUGGUCGGGUUCCAGCAAAACGGAGUACAUUGUGGGGGAGCAUGGCAUUGUUAUUGGUUGGAGCUUCGACAGAUCGAAUGCGACACAGCAGCAGUCGUCCCAGCUGCAUCAGGGAGAAGGCAAAAAGGCUACCGAUACCAGUAUACCCAAGGUGGUAAAGGCGCCCAUCGUUGCGAAUAGUGUGUGCUUCAAGGCUAAUGCCCAUUUUCGCAGCCUCUCCUCGAAUCGCACCUUCUGCGCGGGAAUACAGCUUGAGUCCAAGGAGCCACAAAGCAGCAGCAGCAGCAGCAGCCUAUACACGGGCAUAUCGGGGGCCGGAUUGAUGAUACUCAAAAGCAAUCGCUGGAUGCUGCGUGGCACUGUCUCGGCGGCACUGCCACCCACCUUGGAGUUGGGUUCUACUACCGGUUCCACGAACUGUUGUAGCAAUCAAUAUAUCAUCUAUGCAGAUGUGGCAAAAUUUAUUGAUUGGAUCACGGCCUUCAUUAUUUAACAGUUGCCCCGUGUACAGGAUGAACAAAAUUUCGAAAUAAAUGCUGUGAUAGCGCCAGUGGGCAGGAUGCCCCUGUUCUGUGCUCUGCCUGUGUCUGUGCCCUCAACGGAUGAGGGUACUGCUUAAUUAUUGUA